AUGGGCCCAAGAGCUGGGAGACAGAGCUCCCUGUGGGGCUUUGAGGGAGGUCUAUCCGCUGCAGAUGGCAGCUCAGAGAGGCUGGGUGCCCAGCAGCCCUUCCGGGCCCCAGGAGAGCCCCUGGGCCUGAAGGAAGGAGAAGGUAUUGCUGGAACCUGGCGGGACCUCCUGCUCGGAAUUCUGGCUGAGGGAGAAGGGGAGCAGGCCUGCAAAGCUGAGGCCCUGCAGUCAGGACAGAGCAGACUUACCUUCUCAGAUGCAUGCUUCGAUGAAGCAUCCCACCUGUUGGACAGGCCCAUGUGGCAGAGAACCAAGUGCAGCCUCUGA